CCAAUGGAUGUGGAGGACAGAAUAAAAGCGACAGAAAGAGCAGAACCACUUCAGUCAAGAAAAGAAAUGAAAGCUAUAGCUACCGGAGCAGCAUGCAGCUGUUGGGUUUGGAUGAGGGCCAGGAGGGGGAAGAGGGUACCUCAGACGCUGUCACAGCCAGGGGAGCCUACCUGUCACUCCUCUACCUUCGACACCUCAAGAUCAGGGAACUGCAGCGCAUCUCCCUAGGCAUUCUAAACUACCUGAGGUCCAUAGAGAGAACCCUGACUUUUGAAACAGCUGGGAUGCGUGUGGAGGGAGGAGGAGCAUGUGGAGGAGGAGGAGGAGGGGAAGCAGGAGGAGGAGGAGGAGGACGAGGGGAAGCAGGAGGAGGAGGAGGUUUGGUCAGCACCACUGAGGAGUCAAGCUGGAUGAAUGCGGCCAGAGGGUGCAGUGGGACAGUCGGAGGUCUGGGCUCUCACCUCUAUAUCCACAACACUCCUGUUGACUACAAGGUUCACUGUUCAGAGUUCAUGGAGUACCCAGAGGUGGAGAAUCUUCAUGAUUUCUACACCACUGAGGAGAGAUAUGUCCACACCCAGGACCAGCGAGGGCUCUACGUGGUGUACGACAUGGCUCUGAAGGACCUGGAGGAGCUGGAAGACACACUGACUCUUCUGGGCUCACAUUACAUCCAGAGGAGUAGUUGGAGAGUCAAGGGCCAGUCUGAGGGCAGCAGGGUCAAGGGUCAGUCUGAGAGGUCACAUAGCUCUGCAACGACAGACCUCCACUCUUCCUGGGCUCAGAUAGAUGUGGAUAGAGUUGCAGUUCUCCUAGACCUGUGGACAUGUGAAGCUGCUUUUUUAGAGAGCAAAGUGCAGCUGGUGAACUGCUAUAUUGAGGCCUACCAGCAUGUGACAGGACCAGAGGAGAGGUUCUCCUUGGCUCAGGUCAUCACAGACAUCAUGCACAGAAGGCCUCGGCUACACCUGGACAUGGGAGCAGAGUAUUUUGUUCAGGCCUACCGGGCAGAGAUGGUCUGUAUGCAGACACACCAGCAACUCAUCAGAGCCGUGCUGGUCAACCAAAUAGAUCGUCAGCGGCAAUACCUCCAUCGGGUGUGGAGAGGAGGUCAGGGACAGGGAGCUACUCCUCGUGACUAUGGUCUUCCUCCUAACUAUGUGGCCAAACAUCUGGUGUCCCUCGGUGGUGGCAGGCAAGUCCUAGUUCUACCCAUGAAUUGUAGACUGAUUACAGUAAAAUGUGUGCGCACACCCCUGCCUGUCUGUCCUCUUGCUACCAGUCCUGCCCUGAUGAAUGUGUUCCUUCUGGAGGUGCAUCACUCCCUAAGCCUGGCCUCUGAAGUGUACCAGGCCCUGACCCAGGCUCACACUGACCUCUGCCAGCUCCACCGUGCCAGGGGGGUAACUGAGAGAGUCACCCUGGAACAGAGACUCCUACAGCGGGCUCUGCAGCACUGGCACUCCCUGGAUCCUCCCGGGGCCUACUAUAGCUCUCAAACUCAAAAGGAUUUGUUUUCAGAUGUUUUCAUGGAGGACCCCUCCUUGGUCCGAGCGGUGGGGGUCUCUCUGAUCAGGUCGGCUGAGGAGCAGGACAUGAAGCAGGGGAAGGAGAAACAGUUCUUUGCUGUGGAAACCUUCUCCAAGCUGCUGGAGUUAGUCACCAUCCGCCAUCGCCUCAUGGAGUCAGCAGCAGAGACUGCACAUCUGGCACAGUUAUACAAAACACAAGCUCUGGAGCUGGGCUUUGAUGAGUUCCACCUGUAUGUGCGUCCGGAGCAGUUUGAGUUUGCUGUCCAGAGAGACAAGGCAGAGCAUAGACCUCUGUUUGUUACGGCACUGCUGCAGGACGACAGCUGGAUGGACAGGUACACUCCAUCUAAGUUUCCACUGAGCAUCCAGGAGCUUGAUGAGAACCAGAUUGGAAAAUUCAGCUUCUAUUCUGAAGAGGCAGUAGUGCAUCUCAUGAAUAGGUCAGCCAUAGAGAACCUGCAGGUGACCCUGGCCUGUCAGGUGACUCAGAAGAACGCUCUGAUUGGUGCAGUGAAGCAGGCGUGUCUAUGUUAUUGGUCAGAGACUUUCACAGGCUCUCCAGAGGAGGUUCUUUGUUCUAGUGGCGAUGCAAGCUCCUUAGCUAAGCAGGCUCCCAAAGUUCGCAAAGAUACAAGUGAACCAAAGAUAACUGGUGCAGGAACCAGGGAGAGGCUGACUGAGGCGUUUGUCUCCAUCCAGCUGGAGAAAGUGGGUCCACGAGAUGAGAUGUUGAACUCUUUCAUAAAGAGGAGACAGAUCAUGGGUGUUGUGAUGAUGAACCCUGAUGAAGUAGCAAAAAUCAAGAGGAGGCUGAUUAUUGAGUUCUGUCGAAAAUUCAGUUUGCGUAUGUCCCAGUGUUGUGUGAGAGGGCAGAUUAUAGGCCUGUACCACAGCCUGACCACCUUAUUGGACGAGCUGCCAGACAUCCGCCAGUCCCACUUCCUGAUUGGCCAGGACCAUGAGUUGAAAAGCGAUAUGGACUCAGGACUAUGUGUUCGCCUUGACCCCAGGAAGUUCCAGCGGCGUCCCAGGCGCCUGCUGUCAGCUGACGGCAGAAUGUUCCUCAACCUGUGGUUCCUCCCCCACUACACUGAGGUUCUCCUCAUGUUCAGAACCCUGGAGGACUCGGCAUGUAGCCGGGCUCUUCACCAUAGUCUGGAGAUAGUGUCUGCCCUGCAUGACAUCAUCUAUUACCUGGUCAGUUUCGCCCGACUGGGGAACCCAGGAGUCUUCAGCUCCAAGAGAGGAGGAGGAGCAGGAGUGGGAGAGCUUACAGCCGACUGGGGCGGCACUGAAGGCAUCGGUGCGGAGCUGUGGGAGAUCCAGAAACAGAUUGACUCGCUUUGUGACCCUGGUAGCCCUGAGGCUGUGGGUCGCCUGCUGCAACUACGGAGACACGUGAUCUUCUUGCAGUACGACACCGCUGUGAGGCACCUCAUCAGAGAGGCGUUUCUCUCCUCUGGUAACAUCGUAGCCUAUCAGAGCGUGAGUGACAACAUGGGACACGCCCUCCCUGCGCUGAGUGACAGCGUCAGAACCAAUCACAGUUCUCUACUGUCUUUACCAGAGCCAAUGGAGCCUCACAGCCCCCGGGCUCAAAGGAUGUACCCAUGGAGAAGUUUUCUGGUGUGUCAUGGAUUGCACUCUGUAGACAUUUGGGGCAUCCCACCCAUUGAGUACUGCAUGCAGCUGUGUCUGAGUGGGCUGGGUGACCGCAGCAGGAUGGAGGCCAAUGGAGCGAUCCUGGGAGUGUCUCUACUAAUGGAGGAUGUCCUGAACAGCGGAGGGAGGGGGGCAGCGCCGCUACGUCUCCAUGACAACAAGGCGGAGGACUCACGUGGAAAGCCCGAGGAAGAAGAUGGUAGCAGUAUGGAUGACAGUGUUGAUGAAGAAGAGAAGGGGAUCUCCUCUGGUCCCCUCCAGGACCCUCUCCAGGUGCUGUCUGUGUUGAAGGGGUUCCUGCUCCUAACCAAACAGCUGGAGGUGUUUAAGGAGAGCUGGGGAAGGAGACAGCUAGGGGUGGAACAGAUCAAUACCAUGAAGAUCAACAGGCACUUCUCAAGACUCUACAGAGCAGACAUCCAGUACCCAAGUAUGAGAGCCCUGGCUCAAAAGAUGGGUAAAGAGAAGGACUUUGAGGCUCUGCUAUCUGACAGCCAGCCUCUACUGCCUCCUGCAGGAGCCUCUGAGGUUCACAUCAAGACAUUCCAAUUGCUCAGGCUGCUGGAGAGUACAGAGUGUGAUAUGAUCCGAGCGGUACAGAGGAGGAUCACAAGAGAGCUGACCCUGGUGAUUUCAGAGCGGGCACGCCAAGACACAGGCCUCCCCACAGAGUUGUGGAAGCAAGGCCCCAUGAAGCACAGUCUGUCCCCAGAGAGACCUCAGUUAGUGGAGUGCUUCACCCAGCAGCUAAUGGAGUGUGCUGAGCAGACGGAGGAGGGACAGCUGACCUUCCCCACGGCCCACCUCCAGCGGUGUCUGUCCACUCUGGGCCGUUCUGUGAUGGAGAGAGAACGCAGCAGCUUCCUCCUCUACUCCCAGUUCUAUGAACAGAUCUUACAACAGGAGAACCAGCUGCUCUACCGCAGAGAACAGGAUGUGAAGAACCUUGAGGCGUCCCAGUCCCAGACCAUCAACCCUUACAGCGAGGUCAGUGGGCUCUGUCGUGGGAUGAUGUUGCAGACCACAGCCCUGCGUACCCGGGUCACCCAACUGGAGGAGGAACAGAGAGGCCUGGAGCAGCAGAUUAGCUUAAAAUACAGACAGUGCUAUGACUCCCUGGUCCGACAACUUUUCUCCACCUGCAUUCAACUGAAGGCCAGGCUUGAUGAGUACCAUGUGCGAAUGGACCAGGAAGUUACUCAGCUGGUGAGCAAAGUGAGGAGAGAGGGAGUGGAUAACAUCAUCAAGCUGAAGACGUUUGGCUCCACUAAAGGCAAUGAAGCUCUUCUUACGACACAGUCGGAGAAGCAGGAGCUCCAUGACCUGAGCAUGGAGAACAGUCUGCUGACUGGCCUGCUGUCUAAGGUGAAGGCACUGGGCCACUGGAGACAGGUGGUUGGACAGGGCAAGUUGCACCGUAGGUUGCUCCACAGCCAGCAGAGGGAGAUGUCCUGUCAGAGGGAGGCACUGAGAAUGAAGAUGAUGUCAGAGGAUGAAGUGAUCGUACUGAAGCAGGAACUGGAAGUCACUCAGAGGGCCAUGACACAGUGUCAGACGGAGUACAACCGCACCAAGAGACUGCUCACCAAACAGAGCGCAGAGCUCCAUGAGGUGAGGCAUCACUCUGCUCAGGAGGUCCAGAGCAGACAGGAGCUGGACAGCUACCACCUGCAGAGUCUGGAGCAGCUGAGAGAGGGCGUGGGGGACAGAGACAGACAGCUCCAAGACCUCAGGACUCAGCUGGACAGGAGCAGCAGAGACAAACAGCUACUGAGACAACGCAAUGCCAAAGACAUCAGACAGGUGAAGGGCCAGCUUCAUCAGGAACGCAGCCUCAAACAGGAGGCCUUCCAGCGGGUGGACAAGCUGCAGAGCCAGAUGGAGGACGUUGAGACUGCUCUCUCCAGGUGUACCUCCACAGCAGGGCGACGCAAGACAUCCUGUUACACUUUCCCUCACAACAGAUCCAGCAUCAGAAAUCCAGAACACGCUGGCGCACAGCAGGACGAUAGCAAGAGGGAUUCUACCACCCAGCUGGAGAGACCUAAAACAGAUCCGUCUCGCCUGCGUAUCCUCACCACUGAGGCCCUGCUACCAAACCUCACUGAUGGAGGACCAACCUCCUCCAGUCUCCUCACACACCUUCAGCAGCUGAGACUCAACCAUCUGUAAAAAUGAUGCUGUUCUUGUAGAAAAAUGUCAACCCAUGUUGUAGCAAGUAAUGAAAACAAACGUUUAUUGAUGAAAAUGAUCUAGAUGAUACACAGUAUGUGAAGGACCUUUAUACACCUGGGCCGCUAAAACAAGAAACAAAAACAUUGUAAAACAGUGAUAAGACACCUUGUUUAAAGCUAUAACUUGGUGUGAUCUCAUUGUUGCAGAUGCUACCAUACAAAUGUAGUAAGACAAACCAAAUAGAAAGAGUUGUGACAAAACUACAUAGGCCCAGUGUAUCCAGGCUCAAUACACACACAACCUUUAAAAAAGGUUAAUGUAGAGGAAACAACCUUACAUUUUAUGGAUAAAUCAGGUUUAAGAAUGACUUAAUUGCUUCACUAACAUGCAGGGGGGGGAAAAAAUCUGAGUUGAGCAGAAACAUGGUUAGCCUGGUCUCAGAUCUGUUUAUGCUGUUUUGCCAACUCCUACAGUCAUUGGAAUUUAACCAUCUGACUUGGCUUAAAAGCACAAACUUAUCUGGGACCAGGCUAUAAUGUGGGGAUGAUCAAUAGGUUAAAUCAUAGCAUCCUCUGAACAGUCUAAUAUUUGUGGCAUGUUCAUCACAUUAGAAACUACACCAGAUAGAAGGAUAUUAAAAAAAGGGUUGCAUGGAAGAAUACAAAAAAAUAAAAAUAAAAAAAGAGUUGAGUUCUGACAAUACAAAUAAAAUAUCACAAAACACACUCAGGUUUGAUGCAUAUUUCGGAAGUUAACUAACACACAAAAAAGUUUCAAACUAUUCAUCCGGGGUGCUAAUCAUGUUUUCAACCAUGCAAAAUUUGCACCGGUCUGUCCCCCCCAAAAUGGAAUACAACUGUAGAACAAACUGUACAGGGAUUCAGAGAAGAACCUAAGGUCAAAUAAAGAAAUGUCUUGUC